GUAUAACUUAUUCUUUUAAUGUCGAGCAGUGGUAGUGGAGACUGUUCUUUAUAUCAUUUAUUCGAUAAAUAGCUGUAAUAAAAUCCCACAAAACGUAAAACUGUUGGUAGCGGAAAGUAUUAUACUAUGGGUAAUAACGAAUUUUUUGUUACAUCAUCAGUUACAAACAGUGCCACUACUUUGUUUUAAGCCAUUCCUUUAUUUAUUUAAUUAUUAUAUCCUAGGAAUAUGAAUAUACAAACAAGGAUUGAAAAUAACAAAACUAUUUCUUCCAUCCUUUCUGUAGUAGUACUCUCUUGUGUGUUUGACAUCCUUUGGGCAUUUGUUAUUAUUUCAACUAUUUAUUUACUUGACCAUACCUUCAAUGCAGAGACUGUAGAAGUACGUUAUAAAAAGAAUAAGGCUGGCAGUGCUACCUCAUAUAGCAGAUACAAAAGACAAUUUUCUCCCGGUAUAUAUUUCAAGAAGCACAGCAAAGACGACAGCCCUACAUGCACAGAUUCACAAAACAUAAUGUUCUUUGCAGAUCAAAAAAAAUCUAAAAACAGUGAUUUUAGGUUUGGCAGUAAAUAUGGGGUUGCAGGACAACCUAAGCCAAGUCUUAUGUCACUUAUUCACAGAAAAUCAUCUGAGAGUAAAGAGAAUUACAGGCCAAGUGAUUCACAACCACUUCUAGCUGUUGUGAAGAAUAACAUGUAUCUAAGAAGAUCCAGUGCUGUAGACUCAGUUCAGAAGAGUCCCUUAUACAGAAGUAUGCAGUCGCCGACGAUUGGAAGAAGCCCAAGUAUCUUUCCUAGCUCCUCAGGAGUCAGGUCACCUAGCAUAUAUAAUAACAGUGGUAUGAGACAGUUUUCAGUUGCAAGUCCCUAUAAUAGUCCUCAUGUAAAUAAUGCAGUGAACACUUCUAUUAAUGGAUUAGAAGUUCAUGGAUCCUACUUUAUCAAUAAGAGUGUUCUACAUAGUGAGGAAGACAGUGUGAACUCGUUUAGCCUUGUAAACAACAGCUUCAAUUCUCCAGCAGGAUCUGUUUCAGAAGAACCACUUAACGAGUAUAGUCACAGAAAACUUUCAAUGUCAUGUGGAUCCAGAAACUCAAAAUCAGUUUAUGAUCACACAAGCACUGCAGAAGUAGUAUCACUAUUAAAAGAAAAAAGUAAACGCAAACGUCCAAUGCAAACACAGCAAACAGUGCAGGAGAACCAAUCUGCCAAAAAAACAAGAUUUAAUGAUGAAACCUUCGAUUCGACGUUAAAUGAGUUGUUUCCACCUGUUGUGACAUCUGGAUCGCUGUUGAGAAAAAAACUUGCAACAAUUCGCUCUUCAAAGAAAAGAUAUGUGUCAACAGCAAGCCAGUAUGAAAGACCUGAUAAAAAUGAAUCAACGUCAAAAAGAAUGAAAACAGCAGAAAGUCUUAGUCGAUCAAAAUUUGGCUUAUCUGAGCAACAAGCAACUGAAAUGUUGGUCGAAAACAAUUUUCAGUCUAACAAGGAAGAUGAAACAAACAACACAGUGGAUAAAUCAGCUUUAGAGAAUGCUGUGAAACAUGUAAAAGAAACAUUAACACCAUACCAAGACAGUGUAUCUAAAAAGAUUGCAUCCACUGUGAAUGACAAAAACAAUAAUAAUAAAGAUAGCACUUACUAUCCAGAAGGUGUAAAACAGUCAGCUUUGAGAAAUUUAAAGUCGCCAUUCAAGAAGCUAUUACACACGAACUUCCCAUCUAACUUGCAACCUGGUUCAACAGAAAAGCGCAGAAAACAUCCGGUGUAUUUUACCGCCAAAAUUGAUAUCGAUGAAAUCCAGAGCAACCGCGAAGAGUUUGGUUCGAGAGGGGCGUCUUUAAAAGCGUUUCGACUGGAUCAAGAGGAGGCGUCGAAUCGAGUAAACGAUUUAUUCGAAGAGGUUGAUGAUAAACAAACUGAUUUAAAGAAGGCUUCCUUUACAACGUCCGAAAGCAAUCUGAAUGGGACAACAACCUUACAGCAAUCAAAUUUGUUGAACGUUUUAAAAACAACUUCCACUGUUUCGUCGUUUUCAUUUGGUGCAGCAGCUCCGGUAACAACGUCGGAAACAACACCAGCCGCUAAUCUAUUCAACACAUCUACAUCGCAAUCACUUGCUUUAAAUGUAUCGAGUUCAACAGCUGCAACGACAGCUAAUUCUUCUUCAGCAGCACUGCCUGUUUCGACAUCACAAGUAGCCACAACUUCAGCGAAAAGUGUUACGUUCGCGUUUAAUCCCGCUUCAACUGCUGUUACAACGGGUUCUUUUAGUUUUAAAACCGCCACAACUUCUCAAGUAGCCGGCGGGAUAGCAACGACCACCCUAGCAGCACCUUCGACUGGAUUUUCAUUUGGAAACAAAACUGUGAGUGACAGCAGCAAAAACACAACGGCCGCUGCUUCUUCUUCGACAGGCUUUUCAUUUGGAAGUACUGUCAUCUCGGCUCAAAGCAGUAGUCAAUUGCCUGGUAUCUCUUUCGCCGCCGCACCCUUUUCGUUUGGGACAGCAUCAUCUGGAGCCACUUCAAACACUCUUAUAAGUACUGUAGUUGCAUCGUCUUCAGCAGCUGCAUUUGGAAUUUCCACAGCAACCGUAACUUCUACGUCAAGUGGCAUUAAUUUCGGAGUCAGUACUGCCCCCACAUUGGGAACAGGAGUUAACCCCUCUAUUUCUAGCAGCAUACAGUCCAAUCCAUCAACAGUCAGCAAAAAUUUAUUUGGUGCUUUUACAGCAAACUCGACAGCUGCUACUAGCAGUAUGUUUACAGCCUCGUCCCAACCCCUUAAUGCGUUUGGAGCGUCACUUGUACCUUCUGUAAGCACGGUGUCCACGCAGUCAGCUGUACCAACAGGUUUCACUUUCGGCUCCGCUGCUACACAAAAUGAUUUUGGCAUUUCUAAAUCCACUGAAGGGCCCAAGAUUUCAUCGUCUUUUAUAACGUCGAAUUUGCAACCGAGUGUUUUCCCAUCUGUAAAUAACACUUCGAGUAUAUUUGGUAACUCAGCUACAACUUUGACUGCUUCAGGAACCCAAAAUGUAUUUACUGCGACUUCCACGAAAAAUAUAUUUGGAGCUAUGCCGACUUCUUCCUCCACCACAACAGCUCCUUCAAAUGGUUUUGGCGUUCCUGCGACGUCAUCCAACAUAUUUGGCGUUGACACAACACAGAAUGUUUUCAGCGUUGCUGCAGCUACUACAACUAGUGUCUUCGGAGCCACUACCACUUCAAUUGCAUUUGGUUCGGCUGCUACAGCUCCUAGCGUGUUUGGCGGUGGCGCUGUCACUACCGCUCCAAAUUUAUUUGGAGCUACGACGACUGGCGGUGGAUUUGGUGCCACAACCACAAAUGCUUUUGGUGCCCCAACCACAAAUGCUUUUGGUGCCAAUACCACAAAUACUUUUGGUGCUGCCAAGACCUCCAGCGUUUUUGGUACUGCGGCUGUCCCAAGUGGAUUUGGAGCAUCUUCAACUUCCGGCGUGUUUCAAGUUCCUACUAAUACUAACAAUUCCUCCAGCAUUUUCGGAGCACCGCCCAAUGCCACUAACUCCUCCAAUAUUUUUGGAGCACCGGCUAAUACCACCAACAACACCAUUUUUGGAGCACCGGCUAAUACCACCAACUCUUCAAGCAUGUUUGGAUCCCCAACAAAAAAUGCAUUCAGUGCUUCUUCAACCGCAAAUGUGUUUGGUAACAGUAAUACUUCAUCCGUCUUUGGGCAACAGCCACAAACAAACGGUUUUCAGUUUGGAUCAUCUGCAAACCAGAAUUCAGUUUUCGGUCAACAAAACGGAAAUGCGUUCGGAGCAGCCGGAAACUCAAGUACGUCUGUGUUCGGUAAUAACAAUAAUCCAACGCCAUUUGGAAAUAACGCUGCUGCUUCUAACCCUUUUGGAGAGCAACGACCAUCAUCAUCUGCUGGUUUUGACUUUUCUGCUUCUUUGAAACAACCUUCUAUAAAUUUCGGAGCUGCUCCAUCUACAAAUUCAUUUGGUGUUCAACCGAUGGCUCCAGCUCCUGUUAAACCAUUUGGUAUGUCUAAUCCAGCAACACCAAAUUUCAAUGCUCCAUCUACGCCAAACUUCGGAACGCCACAGCAACCUUCCUUUGGUACACCGCAAGCAAGUUCGUUUGGCCAGCAAGGUUUUAAUACGCCAUCGGCAGGUGCUUUUGCGAUUGGAUCUGGAAACAAUCCUUCUCGCCCAACCCAGAGAGCAAGAAGAAGAAUGCGGCGUUAAAGAUGCGACGGGUGAUCCAAUCGAAUGAAGUGUGUCUAACUAUCAAGUCGAUGAUUUGAGUUAAAAUGUAGUUGUUAACCCUUUUAAAUUUUACAGUAAUAAAUUUGAUUUUAUAAUAAAAAUAUUCAACUUUAA